AUGUCUGUCGUCCCCCAAGCUGUCGUAGGCACCACGAUCGCCUUCUCCUUCAUCCUGUUCGGCAAUGCGAUCACGCAGUCCUUCAUGGGCGUGCCAGCACUGCUGGUAGACUUCCCCGCGCCCUCGUCGCCCGACCACGCCGCGCGCGCCCACCUCCUGGGCAGGCAGUGGCCCGUCUUCUGGGCCGUGGGCAACGUCUUCUUCCGCCCGAUCAGCACGCUGGGCAUCUUCGGGUACGCCUACACGUCGUGGGCCGCGGCCAACCAGCAGCAGGGACUCGUCGGCGGCAACCCGCUGGGCGACUGGCGGCUGUACGCCGUCUCGGCGCUGUGCCACCUCGUCACCGUCAUCCACUCGGCGCUCAACAUGCAGCCUAUCAACGAGAAGCUGGACGCGCUAUCGGAGCCCAAGGGCAGCAGCAGGGUCGACCACAAGGAAGCUGAGAAGUACGCUCGCCGAUGGAUCAAGUACAAUACCGUGCGCAUCAUCACCCCCGUUGUGGCCGGGUCGCUGGCGCUGUGGCAGACUAUCCAGAAGCACUGA